CGGAAGUUGCCAUGUGUCUUUGUUGGUGGUCUUGCAGCUUUUUGCUAUUGUUGUUUACAAUUUGAGUCAGCAUACAGAUGAUGGAAUAACACAAAAAUGUGUGUGUUGCCUGGAGACUGGUGUUGGAUGAAGUGAUAACAUUAAGCAACUUAAUGUAGCUCAUGUGUCUGUGGCUCCACUGACAGUUUACCUCAACCAGUUACAUGAUGGAUACUGUUAUAAAGACUGAAGUUGUCUCCGAGUCUGGGUCCGAUGUGAAGGGCUCUGGAUCGCAUGGUGUAAAGAUCAAACCAGAUCCUGAUGCUGUGGACUCUGGAUCACAUGGUGUAAAGGUCAAACUGGAUACAGAUGCUGUGGACUCUGGAUCACAUGAUUUAAAGAUCAAACCGGAUCCUAAUGCUGUUGACUCUGUAUCACAUGGUGUAAAGAUCAAACCGGAUCCUGAUGCUGUGGACUGUGUAUCACAUAAUGUAAAGAUGAAACCUGAUACAGAUGUUGUGGACUCUGACGGGAAUGUCACAAAGCCCGGUGUAGAUGCGAAACCAGACAGCACUGACAGAAAGGUUCUUACUAAACCAAGUAACACUGACAGGCAACCUGACAUUACUCAUACAAAGCGCAGCAAUGAUGGAAAACUUCAUGUUCAUACUAAAAGUGAGAGCACCAAGAGGAAACGGAAGACGCAUCUUAAAAUGGAUGGCACUGCGAGAAAGCCAGAUGUUGAUACUGAACUUGAGGCUGUUGAUAAAAAGUUGGACGUUGAUAGAAAGCUGGACGUUGAUACUAAACCAGAUGUUGCUGGUGAUAAAGUGGGUGUCCGUAAGAGUGACCGCCGUACUGCAGGGACUACACGAGGUGGCGGAGACAGGACAAAGGUGAUGUUGGCUACUAAGGAGUCUGUCACAGCUGCUCGUUCGUUGUCUGAUUCAGAGCUGAAUGGCGUAGAUGCCUGUUCCGACAAUGAAUCGGAUAUUCAGUCGAAACACACAGAAGCGCACUGCAUAAAGACUGAACCCGACAGCAUGGAUUGUGAUGUAGAUAACACUGGUGGUUUACACACUAGCAUGGAGGAUGACCAAAGCAACAUGAGUGCUGAGGAAGGCAACAUGAGUGGUGGACUAGAUAACAUGGGUGUUGGACUAGAUAGCAUGGGUGGUGGACUAGAUAACAUGGGUGGUGGACUAGAUAACAUGGGUGGUGGACUAGAUAACAUGGACACAGGAGGACAGUUUGGAAUGGUUGGAUUGCCAUUCAAGUGUGAGGUGUGCUGGCGUUGUUUCCCGGAGAGUGAGGGGCUGGACAAGCACAUGUUGGUUCACACUGCGGACCAACCGUUCGGCUGUGAGGUGUGUGGCAAGUCAUUCACCCAGGCGCGCUACCUGCGCUCUCACAUGCUGCACCACACAGGUGAGCACACGUUCAAGUGUGACCUGUGUAACAAGGGCUUCGCGUCGAGCGGCGACCUCCGCAAACACGUGCUCAUCCACACCGGGGAGCGACCCUUCGAGUGCGAAAUCUGCUACAAGCGCUUCGUGCAGAUGGGCAAUCUGAAGCGCCACAUCCUCAUCCACACGGGAGAAAAACGCUUCGAGUGCGGAUACUGCUCGAAGAACUUUUCGCAGAGCUCGGGCCUCAAGAAACACGUCCAGAUCCACACGGGUGAGAAGCCGUACCAGUGCACAGUGUGUAGCAAGUCAUUCACCCAGAGCGGCCACCUCGUCGCCCACUCCAUGACACACUCAGGCGACCGCCACUACGAGUGUGAAGUCUGCUUCAAGCUGUUCUCGCUCAGCGGCGAUCUCCGCAAACACAUGAUCGUCCACACCGGUGAGAAACCAUACCGCUGCGACAUCUGUUCCGAGUACUUCGCUCUGCGUGGCAAUCUCAAAAAGCACAUGGCUGUUCACGUGGAAAGCAAGGUGUUCCGGUGUGAGGUCUGUUCCAAGUGUUUCGCCACGAACGCGUAUUUGAAAAAACAUAUGACGACCCAUGUAGGCGACCGGCCGUAUCGCUGCGAAGUGUGCUUCAAGACCUUCGCCGAUGGCGGCAAUUUACGCAAGCAUAUGUUUACUCACAGUGACGAGAAACCAUUUGAGUGUGUCGUGUGUUUCAAGUCGUUUGCACAGAGCAGUGCCUUAAAGAGGCACAUGUUAACACAUGCUGGUCCAAGUGACGCUCCUUCCUCGUAAACUCUAGUUACGUAAACUCUGUUACCUAUGUCGACAGAACGAGGGAGGGGGAGAGAUAGAGAUGGGGGAGGAGGGGAUAGCUAAUGGAGAAGUUUGGGAGAGACUUUUCCCCCACUUUUCUCUGCUGUCAGUCAGUUUAUAAGGCAGAGACCUCGUAUAAAGAAAAUCUUGUACUCUCUCGAAGACUACGUCAGAAUGAUAUUCUGAGUCACAUACAUAAUAUUCCGCUGGUUUUGGAACAUCCAAGUUCAGAACCUCCACCCAGAACAAUACUACUAUUGUAGUUGACGUGGACCUUUUUUAUAUGAAUGACUUUUUAAAAUAUGCUGAUGGGAUGAGUGUAAUGUGUUUGUUUAUCUAUAAAAUAUCUGUACUCAGUGGCUGUAGUGUGUGAACAGGGCUUGAACAUAACAGAACCCACGGCAAUUGCUGUAAGUCAGGACCAUCACCGAUAGCACUUUUGUGCCGCUGGAUAAAAAUUCCUGCAAAUGGUAAAACUCCUCAACAACAGCAAAUUGUAUACACCUGGCCCUGUGCUUAUAAACCUUAAAGUCUAGACUUUAAUAAAGUCCAGACUUUAACGUCAUGGCAACGCCA